UGGCGGCGUGCAGGGGAGGAUGAGGGCACUGGGGAGGCGGUGAGAGGUUUUCGUACGGCCUGAGCCUGCGGCUUGGGGAUUCCUUCUCCCUGUUUCCUGUUCUCAGGUUUUGUGCCGGUCGUCUUCCCAGGCCCUUUAGCGUUAUGUGGAGGAGCUGCCUCCGGCUUCUGGAUGGGGAGCGCCGCCUCCUUAACCGGCCCCGGGGUGGUCUCGCCGCCUCCGUGGGGCCGGGAUCAAAUCCCCAGCCCCCAGCCCGUGCCUACGUUCCCCCGACAGAAAGGAAGAGGUUUUAUCAGAAUGUCAGCAUCACACAGAGUGAAGGUGACUUUGAGAUAAACUUGGACCACCGGAAGCUGAAAACUCCCCAAGCCAAGCUCUUUACUGUCCCCAACGAGGCCCUGGCAAUUGCAGUGGCCACUGAAUGGGACUCCCAGCAGGACACCAUCAAGUUCUACACCAUGCACCUGACCACACUGUGCAACACGUCUUUAGACAACCCAACCCAGAGAAACAAGGACCAGCUGAUCCAGGCGGCUGUGAAGUUUCUGGACACCGACACCAUCUGCUACAGGGUGGAAGAACCAAAGACAUUAGUGGAACUUCAAAAGAACGAGUGGGACCCGAUCAUAGCAUGGGCCGAGGAGAGAUAUGGUGUGGAGAUCGGCUCCUCCACCAGCAUAAUGGGGCCCAGCAUCCCAACCAGGACUCGGGAGGUGCUCAUCAGCCACCUGGCAUCUUACAACAUGUGGGCCCUACAAGGGAUUGAGUUUGUAGUGACCCAGCUCAAGUCCAUGGUGCUCACGUUGGGCCUGAUUGACCUGCGCUUGACAGUGGAGCAGGCCGUGCUACUAUCACGUCUGGAAGAGGAGUACCAGCUUACUUGGUCACAGAUUUCUUCUAAGAGUAAUGCCUGUUAGUAUCUUGUGGGCUGCUGGUUUCCCCAGAAUGCCAUAUGGAAAGGCCAGGCUAGCUGAUGCGGGGAAUGGGGCAUCUGGGAGACUGGCUAGCACAGUUGCAUGAGAGAAAUGGCAAGAAGUCACUAACUUCCUCUGCUGUAUGUAGACGGUCCCUGGCCUGGGAAGAGUUGAGGAUGUGUGCAGCCUGCCUACUGAUGAGCCCCCGGUGAUGGGCUCUCUAACAGUCGUCCUGGUUAUUUAGAAAUAGCCACAACCACAAUAUCUACCCAUCAUGAAAGGGUCCUCAUUCUUCAUUUAAAAAGUGGGACACAGCAGAGAAAUUGUACCCCUUAAAGUUUGGAUAUGUAGAAAAUAGCAUUAGAAGCUGUGAGAAGUGAAGUCUGCUUAGAACCGGGUGAGGUUAGAACUGGUUAUGAAAAACAGGGAUAUUUGUAUAAUAUGAGUGAAUCUUGUUUAAAGAAAUGAUACUAAAA